UUCAAUACUGAAGACAUUAAUAAAUUAAACCUGAAUUCCAAAGUAAAAUUCUUGCAACAUUGUUCAAGUUCAUGCAUAACUACAAAAAAUAUUUUAUUUUUUAUCCCAAUAGGACAACCUCAUCCGAAGUUAUGUCCGAAGGUCUCGCCUCCCAGCCUAGUACAUCUACAGCGACCCCACGAUCCCUUUCAAGGACAACCUCAUCCGAAGUUAUGUCCGAAGGUCUCGCCUCCCAGCCUAGUACAUCUACAGCGACCCCACGAUCCCUUUCAAGCAAUACAGAAAUCAACACUGCUCUUCUGAGGACUCCUGCUGCUAAGCGAGCAUUGAGUUAUAACUCUCAAAACAAGAAAUGUCGGUUAGCAGAGGAUAGGAUGGUUGAAUUGGCAGAGGAGGAGCAUGCCGGGAUGAUGUAG